AGGAAGUGUGGGGGGUGUUAGAGGCGUUUAGGGCCGUGGGACAAAUAGUCAUCAGUAAAAAGUGUUAAAAAGUGUUUACCACCACGUUAGAAGGUGGUGUUUAAUGGAUCCAACUAUCGGUUGGUAUCAACCCGAGCAGUGUGGCCCCGCCAAGGACUUGUGGUGUCACAUUUGGGAGGCAGAAAAGGGUAUCGAUAUAUUGACCCUUAAAAACGAUAAUUGUGCUGUUGCUUUGCACGGUGUUACAACAAUGACAACUAAAUUCAAUCAUGAUUAUAUACCCAUCGAUAACAGUAACAAUCGCGUCAAUGAUGAUAGAACAGUUAUUAAUCGUCAGGUACACAAUUCCUGUAAUAAUUACUACAAUCCAUCGAGGAGGAAAAGUGAUAAUCGUGCUAGUACACACGGUAUGAACUACAAUGAAGAGGCACUCGUUGGGCUAUACGGUGGAUGUCCCUGGCGUACAUCCAACAAACAGUAUUCCAAGGGUGUCAUUGGACUUCACGAAGAGAUACAAGAUUUCUAUGGAUACAUGUGUCCAUCACGAGAGGAGCAUUGUCUUCGAUUACGAGUAGUCAAGAGAAUAGAACAAGUGAUAUACGAUCUCUGGCCAGACUCGAAAGUUGAGGUCUUUGGUAGUUUUCGUACCGGACUCUAUUUACCCACCAGUGAUAUCGAUCUGGUAGUGAUAGGAAGAUGGUCAAAUCUGCCUCUUCGUACCCUCGAGAGUGCUCUGCUGGAUCAAAAUAUCGCCGAACCAUCGUCAAUAAAAGUAUUGGACAAAGCAAGUGUACCGAUAGUAAAAUUGACUGACAAAGAAACUGAAAUAAAAGUUGAUAUUAGUUUCAACAUGAAUAAUGGAGUUAAAUCAGCGGAAUUGAUUAAGAAGUACAAGAAACAGUAUCCAGUGUUGGAUAGGCUCGUUAUGGUACUCAAACAGUUUUUAUUGCAGCGUGAUUUGAAUGAAGUAUUUACUGGCGGUAUUUCGUCGUACAGUUUGAUCCUCAUGACCAUCAGUUUUUUGCAGUUACAUCCAAGGCAAAAUGCAUUCAACGCUGAAGCUAAUCUUGGUGUACUUUUGAUUGAGUUUUUAGAACUAUACGGUAGAAAAUUCAAUUAUCUUAAGACUGGAAUUAGAAUUAAAGAUGGUGGUACUUACAUAUCUAAAGAAGAGGUUCAACGUGACAUGAUUGAUGGCCACAGGCCGUCCAUACUUUGCAUCGAGGAUCCACUCACACCAGGCAAUGAUAUUGGCCGCAGUAGUUAUGGUGCUCUCUACGUACAGAAUGCAUUUGAUUAUGCUUACUCUGUACUUUCUGAGGCGGUUAGUCCGCUCAAUGUCCUUGUCAAUGACGCUUACAAACUCAGUAUACUUGGACGAAUAGUUCGAGUGACUGACGAAGUCGUUGAGUAUCGUAAAUGGAUUAAAGAAACAUUCCCACCGUCGAUUAGUGAACUAGACUCACUGUCGAGUUCAACUGGCUCAGAUGCUUCCACCCUAUCAGCACCAGCUAGUGACACUGAUUCUGAGUGCAGUCGAGGGAAUUCACCGAACACAGGCAGCAAAGUCGAUGAUCGAAAUAAGGACAGAAAUGCAUACAACAAUCACAACUCCAAUCAAAAUCAUCAUUGGAAGAAGCCUUACAAACCAAGUGGACAUGUCAAUCAUCAGCACAAUUCAAGAGGUACUUAUCCCCGGGGAAUGAAUAACAACAAUCUUAGUCAGAAUAAAAUGAAAAAUGCUCAACAUAACACCAAUUCAAACACCCAAAAUAAUAACGGCGGUAGUCAGAGUCCAGGAUCAAGAGUACAAGGACCAAAACGGAAGAAAUUCGUCAGUCAUCGUGCACCAGGUGACUGUAUGCGGUGAUGAAAAACGUAUCCCUUCCCGUGUUAAAAGUCCCACAAAUAUAUGAAAAUAUAUUUUGCGUUUUUCUCCACUGACGAAAAAUAAACUAGGGAGGACAUACAAAAAAUUAAGUGACCAUCGUUCGUCCUCAAGGAAAAUCGUCCAAGUCACAGUGUGAAUAAUCUUAGCAGUAAAAACCAGGUAAAGUCUUGCAAACAAAAAAAAAACAAAAAAAAAACAAAAAAAUACAUCUAUUAUAAAAAAUCCGCUAAUCGUCGUCGUCGAAAUGAAUUUGGAAUUUUAUGCAUUUUAUUUCAAUUUAUACUAAAAACAAAGAUAAAAAAGUGACAAAUUAAAAAAAAAACAAAAAAAUGAAAUUAGUAUUUGACGAUGGGACGAUUGGUCUUAAAUGGUUGUCGAUGGUGGGGAACUUUAGCAUCCCCUUGAUUAUUACUCCAGUUUAAUUUUCUGUAUUGAAGUGUUGAAAUGUAGGAGAAAAGUCGAAUUGUCUCACGUCGUUCUGUUAGAUAAAUACAAUUUUGAUAUUGAAUGAUUUUAGGAUCCAAUGUCAAAAGAAAUGUCUUGUAAAUUUUGUAAAAAAUCCUUGAGGUAAUUGCAUGAAUAAGAAAAGUAUUAGACUCGACUUUUCAAUGAUGUUCCACCACUUCAAUAGAAUUUUCAUCUCUUCCUCGUCGGAUAAUUGAACGAAAUCGUCCUGAAUCGAUAUAUAUAUAUUUGUAUUUAGAUGAAUAUGUAUAUCAUUGGUUCGUUAAUUUUAACGAAUGAACCAAAGAAUCUUUCAGCAUUAAUUAAUUAAACAAAAAGCGGAUGUGUUAUGAAGAGCAUUAAUCUCGAUGUACUUCCUAGCAGUCAUAAUUUUUCAUCUCACUCUUUACAGUUCGUUAUAUUUCCUCUGUGAUUCGAUCCCCGGAAAUCUUGCGUGGCCAAUUUGCUAAAUAAUAUAAAAUAACAUUUAGAAGGUUAAUGUAAUACAAUGACUGCGAUAAUGGUGCGUUUGUUUUUUACGUAAUCUUAUUACAUAGCGGUUUCUUUUCCCUGAUAGUAUUACAUGCACUAUCGUCGCAACGUCAAAGCAAUUAAAAAUUGUGUUCAUAAGAGAUAUAAUUAAUGAAAAAUUUUUUAAAAGUCCGAUUUUUUAAGGGUUUUUUUGCGGAUCGUAUUAAAUCUCAUUGCCAUAACAAUUAGUGAAAAAGAACACGAUGGAAGAUCAUAAACUUAAGUUGAACGGAACAGUCCUAAGGUUAUCUUUAUUAGUUUUUAAAAAUCGUUCAGUACGUCAGAAGGAUUCAGGAAAAUUAGCGAUCAUGAUUUUGUAGUGGAGUUGAAGGAAAUUGAUUUUUGUUUAAUGUGGAAUAAGUUCCAUGAAUGAUUUUGGGAGAAAUUCCUUAGUCAAGAUGACAGUGGGUUGACAUUGGUGGCCAUUAGCUAUUUAAAAACAAAUAAUUAAAUUCAAAGACAAUGAAAAAGUGUAGAUAUUUUUUGAUUAAUCCACUAGUUUUUGGAAUCAUUGUGAAUUCAAGAAAUAAUUUUCAAUUGGACUGUUCCCUCUGAGGAUGAUUAUACUAGUAAAGAAUCCUUGAGCGACAUAUUUUGUAGUACAUUUUAUCAGCCAUUCGAAAAGUCUUUCGACGUUUUCCCUCGCUAUUAUUGGUCUCGGGAUAAACUCACAUUUAACAAAACCCUCGAAUUUCAUUUGAUUGAACUUCACUCGAUUUUAAUUGAAGAUCAGCGAACAUUUUGUUGAAUUAUAACCACCGACAAAGACUUAGUUUUCGAUAACGGAACUAUAUUCUUGUAAGUACGAGGGAAAAAAACAUUGAAAGAAGCAUUGAAUUUAGUGAUAAAAUUACCAAGAAAAGAAAAAACAAAAAUAAAAAAAGCUAAAAACUUUUAAAAACUAAGAAAAAAAUUGGUUAAAAUAGUAAAAGAUGAAUGAGACUUGCCUAAUGUACAUAUUGUAAAGUAAGCCAUAAAAUUGAAAGAUUAAUUAAGUCUAACAGUUGUUUAGUGAUAAAUGUAUAUGUAUAAAUAUAUUUUUAUUUUUUGUGCGUCAUGGAGAAACAACAGAAACGAAAAAAACAUUUUCUCAUCCUAAUUUUUGACAUAAUGUAAAGUUUUAAUGAAUCGGCUGAUGUGAGAAACGAAAAGCUAACAGAAACAGACAUACGAUUAAUCAUUUUUUUUAUGGAUAAUUUCCAUAAUGGCGCGGAGAUAAAUGCAAAAAAUAAUUAUAUAAGAAAUAAGAACUACCUUCCUCCUUUAUGCAGAAAAAUACUGUAGGGCAACUUUCUUUAUUAUUUAGAUGCAAAAAAGCGCUUUAUAUAAGAAGGAUUAUUUCUUUUUGUUCGUGUAAAAGGGCUAUUUUUAAAUAUUUAAUGAAUGCAAUGGAAGAAAAAAUGAUGAAAAAAAAAAUUCCCAAACCGUAAAUUCUUGGGUCUGAAAAAAUGUGUAUGAUUGUUCCGAUGCACGAAUGAUGCCUAAAGAUAUGUGAAAAAAAAAACAGAAUUUUCUAAUA